ACACAUCACUAUCAACGGAAUUCAUUUUAGUAAACAUCUCUCUGCGAUUCCGAGCAUAGAAGGCAAGUUUAUCAUCCCCAAAACAACCCGGACUCUGGGGGGAUACAUUGGCAAGCGCGUGUUCACUGUUUCGGGGCCGGGGGACUGGGAGAAGUCGGUGCUGCCUCUGGUGCCUAUAGUCCCGCUCUCCCGCUCUAAUGCAUUGUCCAAGGUUUUGAGGUGGGCUGAGUUGAGCGUAGUCAUAGAUUGAGCUGCAUGCCCCGGAAUAGCAGAAAAGUGCGGACAGAGCAGAAGAUUCCCGACUCAGGCAGCAUGCUGUCCGGUAAGACCCACGGGUGGCAGGGCGCUCGGAAACGAUUCGCACAAACAAUACCGAAUGGCGCUGGAUCAUUGCGCACGGUCAUAUUCUAGGAUUGCAUGAAGGAUAAAGAAAACAGUUGAACAUGUUAAAGGGGCAUACAAUGAAUAUGGAUAAAGCCUCAUCUAAGGUCUCUGGAUCUAAAUGUCACACCACCUGGACGCUGCCCCGGGCGGGGACCAGCAGUGUGUGACGGUGACGGGCGGGUGGCGAGGAGAGGAGAGAAGGAGGCCCCGGACACGGUAGUUCUCAGCUGCGACUUGGCAUUAAAUUGGCCCAGGCUAGGCCCUGUGCUGUGAAGAGCUGAGACUGUGGAGACCUGCCAUGAUCUGAUAUAUCAGCAUGGAUGGAGUCAGAGUCAGCUUCAGUCAGAGGACCUGCUCUUUCUAAUGAGACACUCUUUCCUCUUAAAGCUGAGGACUAACCAAUUACAGGGGGAUUAAGCCUAACCCUACAGCUUCCUGUUCUACCACCCCGUGAAGAAGUGAACUGAGCAUUAUCAAACUAUUUUAGAGGACUUUCGUUUUUGUCGACUCUUUUGGAGGAUUUACUUCAACGCCUUCAAUCCUUCUCCCUUUUUUAUUCAUUUUCUUUUGUGUUGCUUUUUGAGGCCGUUCUGUUUUUCCACUAUGGAGUUUCAGGCCAGGCUGUGGAAUAAAAAUUGGGGUUCAUUUCUGCGUUUCUGGUUGACGGUCCUCCUGAGCCUCAAUGUGCACUUCAGCCGUCCCGUCGCCUCGUGCCCGGAGGAGUGUCGCUGCGACAAAACAUUUGUAUACUGCAACGAGCGGAGCCUGACGUCAGUACCUCUGGGGGUGACAGAGGGCUACAAGAUCCUCUACCUCCACAACAACCAGAUCAACAACGCCGGGUUCCCAUGGGAACUACACAACGUGGCCUCCGUGGAGACGGUGUAUCUCUACGGCAACCAGCUGGAUGAGUUCCCUCUCAACCUGCCCAAGAACAUCCGGGUGCUCCAUCUGCAGGAGAACAAUAUCCAGACCAUCUCCAGGGCUGCCUUGGCCCAGCUUCCCCGCCUAGAGGAGCUCCACCUGGAUGAUAAUUCCAUCUCUACGGUGGGGGUGGAGGAAGGGGCGUUCCGGGAGGCCGUCAGCCUCAAGCUGCUCUUCCUCACCAAGAACCACCUGAGCAGUGUCCCCAUUGGUCUUCCCGAGGACCUCAAGGAGCUGCGAUUGGACGAGAACCGCAUCGCCGUCAUCGCUGAGGAAGCGUUCCAGAACGUGACGCGGCUCCAACGCCUACUGCUGGAUGGGAACUUGUUGACAGACGAGGGCGUGGCCCCGGGGACGUUCCAGGAGCUGUCCACCCUCCGGGAGCUGGCGCUGGCUCGUAACUCUCUGACAUUCCCCCCACCCCUCCUGCCGACCCAGUCCCUGGUCAAGCUCAGCCUGCAGGAUAAUCAGUUGGACCAGAUCCCAAUGAUGGCCUUCUCUGACUUUCAGAGGCUUGAGAGACUGGAUAUCUCCAACAACCAGUUGCAGACGCUGACACAGGGGGUCUUUGACGGCCUCGUCAGCCUCAGACAGCUCACUGUUCGGAACAACCCGUGGCGCUGCGACUGCACUGUCAAAUGGGUGGUGGUGUGGCUCAAGUCGCUGCCAGGCUCCAUCAACGUGCGCGGGUUCAUGUGCCAGAGCCCCGAGAGUGUGCGUGGCAUGGCAAUCAGAGAACUCACCCUGGAUGCUAUCCAGUGCCCAGCUGGGACGGACCUCCAGCCCGACCUCUGGCCUACCCUGCGCUCUACGCCCCUGCACACCCAACUCCCCACCACCACCUCCACCACCCUCAUUACCACCUACAUGACCACCUCCAUCCCCACCUCCACAUCCUCCUCCUACCUCACAUCGCCCUCCCCUCCCCAUCCCCCUGCCCUGCCUCCACAUCCCGCUGGACCCCUGCCCCCUUAUGAGGAUCCCCUACGGCUAUCCUUCCACGUGGUCAACGCCUCCUGCAUCGAGGUGAGCUGGGCUUCCUACUUCACCGUUACGGCCUACAAGGUGACCUGGGUCAAGAUGGGCAAGAGCCUGAUGAGCGACGUCAGCCGCGAGAGGACGCUGAGUGGGGACAGGCGGAAGCUAAGCUUGACCAACUUGGAGCCCAAGUCAGUGUACCGGAUCUGUGUGUACGUGCUGGACACCCUCAACUCCUACCGCCCAGGCGAGGAUACAAUAUGUUCAGAGGCCAGGACCAAGUCGGCCUCAUCCAGCUCCAAUAACAACAAGGCCACAGGGUCAGAGCAAGCCCAACAGGACACACACUCCACCCUCCUUUUGGCCGGGGUGAUCGGUGGGGCCGUCCUGGUCGUCCUGGUAAUGCUGCUGAGCCUGUUUUGUUGGCACAUGCACAAGAAGAGCCGCUCAGAGUCGUCCAAGUGGAAAUACAACCGGGGCAGGAGAAAAGACGAUUACUGCGAGGCAGGGACCAAAAAGGAUAACUCUAUACUGGAAAUGACUGAGACCAGCUUUCAGAUAGUCUCGUUGAACAAUGAGCAACUUUUGAAAGGGGAUUUCAGGAUUCAGCCCAUCUACACACCCAACGGAGGCAUCGGCUUCAGAGACUGCCACCUCAGUGACAAUAGCUUAGCCUACUGCAAGAGCAGCAACGUUCCCAGCACCGAGUUCUGCCACACGUGAUGCUUCUCACAGGAUAUUCCCACACCGGUUGUCUGAUAGAAAAAACAACAAAGUAAUUAAAUAUACUGUACCAUAUAUAUUUCCAAGUUCUGUCUACCAUGUAAUUUAUACUGUGGAAAAUAAUGUGGAAUUCUAUCUGCAAUCUUUUUUAUUCUUAGUAAAAAGGAAUACAAAUGGUUUUUCUAAUCAGCGGGUUUCAAAUACAGUAAGUGUUUUUCCUCAAGUAUUGUCUGUACAUAAGAAUUUGUACAAUCACGGCACGAUGGGUUGGUUCUGACAAAUGGUGUCCUCUCUGUAGGGUUUUUUGGUUGUUGGGCGCUAUGAGGGCUGGGAUUCUUUGCUAACCACAGAAGAAAAAAUAUGGCCUUUGUGCAGAGCCACCCCCUCACAGAAACACCAGUUAAGAUAACACAGUGGUCUGGAAAAUACUAACACUGCUGAUUAGACUGCAGUGGAAAAUAAGCACUGGUGGUAUUUUUUUAAAGAAUCAAAGUGCACUUCCUAAUGCAACAAAGAGUGUAAGCAGCCAUUCAAAUGAGCUUUUUGUGGAAAUCCCAUCAGAGGAAUGGGCACACUUUUCAACACCCCCUUUUGCCCUCACAAGACUAAGUGAACACGUUUGAAUGUAGUAGGGAUGGGAAGGAGACUACCUUCACAGGACUAAGUGAACACUUUUCAAUGUGGUAGAGAAGGGAGGGAGAAUGCCAUCACUGUUGGAUAUAGAUUUGCCACCAUUGACAGAGGAGGUCGUUCCAGCUGUGGCCACUAGGGGGGCAUGUUCUCUCAGUCAGUAUAGAGUAGCGAGAGAGGUAGCAGAAGUCUAAGAUGUCCCUCACCUCCAGCAUCCAUGAGUCCAUUGCCUCAGCUGCAUUACAUUACUCAUUCUCAAAUGGCAUUGUUUAGAGUAUUAGUGCUUGCGGAGCUACUUAUGGAAUCAUUUCGAAUGAACAGUGCUCAGCUCUGUUGUUCAGCGGCUAAAUGAAAUGGAUAUUAUCAUGGGGGAGGUCCAUGAGGUUGUGUUGUGUGUCUUGUCUUUGCCGGGUCUACCGUGAUGAUGAAUGUGUAGAAGAUACACUCACAGUUAUACACUCAUCUGCCUUUCUUUUGUCCUUUAUUGUUAAGUACUCAAAUGAAAAUCUGUUAACUGCUUUACAAUGUGUUGAUAGAAGGGCUUUCCUACAGUAGCAUGUGAUGUAUUUGAUUGUUUACAUGGGAUUGACUAUUCUAUUGAUUCAUUGAUUGAUUGGUUCAAACUACACAUUCAUCAUCAAUUCAAAACAAUGUUAGCUAAAUCUGGAGUCUGGAAAACAAUGGUUGUUAGCUGCCCCCAUACAUGAACCUGUCCUUAUCUGAUCAGUGCAUGGACUCAAUUACAAAUAUUUCGGAUGCUGCACAGGGUUAGAGAGAGAGAGAGAGAGAGAGAGAGAGAGAGGCUAGCUGGCUCCCAGUUAGGAAUGCCUGGUGCCACUGAGAAGUCUUUGUUAUGCACUUCUUACUCAGACUUUAUUUGCUUUGACAAUAUUUUAUCUUGAGGGCUGAAUUCAAAGGAUCCACCCCCCUCUGCCCCGUUCAUAAUCCUCAUCCAAAAAAGGGAGAAAAUAUGCAGACGUUAUUUUCACUUGGCAGUUCGGAUCACAAGCUGGAAGAGGGAGGAGAGUGAGAGAGGAAGAAAGAGAGAGGUAGGAGAGAGAGAGAGAGAGAGAGAGAGAGAGAGAGAGAGAGAGAGAGAGAGAGAGAGAGAGAGAGAGCGAGAGAGAGGGGAAGGUCAAAUGACAAGAGUUAACCAUUCACAGGGCACCAAGUCACUGGCUUAUAUACACCAUAAAACCACUACAUUGCAUUGGUUUGGCUGGAAUUUAAAAAUAUCAACAGUAAACACCAUUUUAAGGGUGGAACUCUCGUUUUGUGCUGAGUUGUUAAUGGCUAAAUUCUCUGUUGUAUUGUCUCUCUUUGAAGAAUUACCAUGCCAGUGCAUAUCUGCCGUUAAUAAUAACUCCUUCAGUAGUUCCAGAAAUAGUAAGUAGGGAGCUUAUGACGCAAUAGACACUAUAACGCCAUUAUUCACAUUGAUGCUUAAGCUUUCAUGCGUGCUUUCAUAGGGUUUUGAGUCAAAUGUCCAUUUAUAAUGCAGAAUUAUUAUUUUUCGUUAAGAAAUGAUAGUUGCUCUUCUGUAGUUAUCAAAGGGUCUCCACUUUGUCUACCAACUUACACAUAUCAGCGUAUCACCCUGUAUUAAAGCCCCACCAGCGUAAGGUCAGUUUGAUACACAUUGCAAGUUACGUCGAAUAAACCCCACUGGCGUAAGCUAACCUAAGGUCAGUUUGAUACACAUUGCAAGUUACGUCCAAUAAACCACACCGGCGUAAGCUAACCUAAGGUCAGUUUGACACUGCUACAUGGCAAGUUAUGUAAAACAUCCCACCGACAUUUACUGACCUAAGGUCACACUGCUACAUGGCCUUAGUGCUUUAAAAGCUUAUGUAUCCACUGAACACUUCAUCCUACCGGUCUUCUGUCUGACAAUAAUCCCAUACAGCAAUGUAUCUUUAUUUUCAUGAGUGAUUAGGAUUUAAAUGUAAUGUUAGUCUUUCAGGCCAACCUGUUGCAACACAUUUCCCUAAAUUAAAGAAUGUUCCGAGGAGUGAUAGAGGUCCAUUUAUUGCCUUACCUUUAUGCAGUACUGUACGGGCUAACUGCACUUAGUUAGUUUAAGGACUUUUCAGAGAAGAAGCAAUGUUUAAACUGUGAGAGAGACAAUGACAGUAAUUGAAUAGUUACUGUAUGGAAAGCACAUAUUUUCAUAUUGGUGAAAAAACUAAGAAUGACAGACAGCAAUAGACGCAACACAUAACUAAUGAUAGACUGUUCAUUUGUAACGAUGCCUUGAAUGGUGCUGGGUAAUGAUACAAAGUGACUGAGAAGCCUUGUUGGUUAUUUCCGGCAGGACAUUACUCUUAAUUCCCUCCCUCGUGAAGAAAGUACACAGAUGCAAUGGCGUGACCAAUGGAAUUAGACCGAACACAUUAGAGAAAGAGAAAGAAACCUAUGUGUAUUACUGUUUCAGGCUUUGAUAGUAAUUUCCUUAAAGCUCAUUGAUUCUCAUUGGAAUAAUUAUGUUAAAUCACUGAGAGGUCAAUUCAAACAAAGCACCCAAGUGGAUAAAAUUAAAUACAUUUUAAGUCGUCUUUGUUCAGUUUGACGGCAAAUCCCUCAUGUGAAAUAUACCUUAUAGACCAACAUAAAAGUCUUCAGCAAACUAGAAGUAUUCAGCAAAAUAUUAAUGGGUGUUUGAAGUAAUUACAUUGUCUGUGUUUUGGUUAAUAAACACUUUCCCAUAGAGCUGCUGGGUUGAAUUAAUGGAAAUAAUGUGAACAACGACAGGCUAUUUGUUCAUGUAUGAUUUGACUGAAGAAAGUAUGCUGAAAAUUAACAAUGCAUGUCAUUUGGUUUCUUUUUGGGGUUCUCGGCUAUUAUGGCUUUUCAUUUAGACAUUGAGUUGUUUUGACUUUAACAACAUAAACCAAUAUGCUACUUAGGAACCAAAGUUACAUUUCUUUUCUCAUUAUAAAAUAUUGUUGUUGUCCCAUGUAUGUGCCUUGAGGUUAACUUACGAUGUAAAGUCCUUGAAACCUUUAAAUGUUUUUGCACAAAAUGUAAAUAUAGAAGUUAAGCUUUUUGCAAAUAAAAGAGCCAUUACGUGA